AUGCCAGCGCUCCGGUGCCGCAAAGUGAAGGCACACAGGCGUUCCACGUCCUCAUUCCAUCCACAUCCUCAGCCCGUCUUGCCACUGGAACAUGCCAACCCCCCCGAGCACCCGUACCAUGCAGGGCUGAGGAAAGAGGUGGAGGAGAAUGGGCUGGGCUUCGAGUAUAAGAAGGGUGAGGAGAGAGCCAAGGAGCAGCACUUCUCAGCCCAGCUCUCCACAUCCAAACCACCUCCUCCAGCUCCCAGAGAAGAGAGGCAGAGAAAAAGAGCAUCGACUGAGAGAGAUUCAGAGCCCCAGCACGCAGCAAAGAUGAGCCGCAGCCCAGAAAAGAUUUCGUCGUACCGUCGGCAUUUUGAAGAAUGCAGCUCCACAUCCCUCCAGGUGAGGGUGUCUAGCCCGUCACCAUCCCGCCGGGACCCCCGGCAGCAGCGUGCUGCCAGCUCCUCCCGGUCGGCUGUGGCCGCAGCUGGCAACGGCAUGGCGAUGGGCCACAGGACAGUCUCCUCCUCCCGCAAGUCCCUGAUGGGGAGUAGCGGCGCAAGCAUGGGCACCAUUUGUGUGGGAGGAGAUGCAGUAGAUCUGGAAGCUGCUGCCGCUGAGAAUCAAGAAUUCCUCAGCACUCGCACCAGCCAGCGCAGCGAGAUGGUCGUGCUGAACGACAGGCUGGCUGCAUACAUCGAGAAGGAAAUUCUGUCCCCAAAGGUUCGGUCACUGGAGCAGCAGAAUAAGCUGCUGGAGACAGAAAUCGAGGCCCUCCAGAACCGAUUCCUGAAGCCCACGGGCCUGCGCAUGCUGUAUGAGGAGCAGCUCAAAGAGCUCAGGAGGCUUGCAGAUCAAAUGAGAAAGCAGCGGCUUUCAAUUUUUAAGGACCUGGCUGUUGCUGCCAAAGACGCCACGGCUAGACAGCUGGAGAUGAUGAAGGCCAAAUAUGAGGAAGCUGUGGAACUGAGGAGGAUGGCCGAGAUGGACAUCGAGAACUUCCGACCGGAUGUUGACGCAGCCACCUCCUCGCGCAUUGCUCUGGAAAAGCAACUUGAGAACCUGGAGGUUGAAAUUGAGUUCCUGAAGAGAAUUCAAAGAGAGGAAAUCGAGGACCUGAUGAAACAAAUCUAUUCUGCUCAUGCCACCGCCGGAGACGCCUUCGCCCUCCCCGACAUCGCGGCUGCUCUUAAGCAGAUUCAGCACGAAUAUGACGUCAUCGCGGCAAAGAAUCUUCAGGAAAUGGACUCGUGGUAUAAUUCAAAAUUCGAAGAUUUAAACAAUAAAACCACAAACCAUGUGGACAAAGUGCGUGGUGCACGAGAGGAGCUUGCAUCCGCUAAAAAAGAUAUUCAAGGCAAAGAGAGGGACAUGGAUGGUCUGAAGACCAAAAACGAUGGUCUGGAGGCUCAGAUUCUUGCAGCUCAAGAGAGACACAAGAAAGAGCUGGAGGCUCUCCAGGCCAGGAUCGAAGCUCUUCAUUUAGAGCUGAAAACCACAAAGGGGAAAAUUGCACAGCUUCUUAUGGAAUACCAGGACUUGCUGAAUGUUAAGAUGAGCCUGGAGAUUGAGAUCACUACAUACAGGAAGCUGAUUGAGGGCGAGGACAUGCGCAUCACCAGUAUGGUGCAGGGGGUGAUGGGCAUGAGUGCCAUCAGUGCUGGGGCGAGCAGAGUUAUGGGUCUCGGGGCCUUGGGAGCCGGAACCGGUGGAGGACUUGGAGCCGGUGUGGAAAAUGGCGCCCACGGCCAGACCAUCGCCACCUACUCUCAGGAGCAGGCCGUGGAGAUGACUGAGAGGAAAACCGUGCUCAUUUGGUAACCAGGAGCAUCAAACGUCAAUCACACACUCACUGUGAACUCAAUUUAAACACAUGGUGUACAGCAUAUCUCAAGGGAUUCAAAUCAUGGGCUGUGCUGAUAACAAACUAAAUUCUCUAUGUAUUGUAAUCCAUUGAAAUAUUUACAUCAGUUUUUCAUAUUUUGAUUCCUUUUGCCUUCUCUCCGGAUAGUUAAAACCGAGGACGACACCCUCGAGAGUGACACACAGGAGAGGAGAUACUUCAUUGAGGGAGCUGCUGAUGAGGAAGAGGAAUAGAGUGAGAGGGGGGACCUACCCUGUCCACUCACCCUUGACCUCACACUGGUGGCCCUGGGUCUGGGCUCUGACCUUUGAUCUUGGCACAACACCAUGAAGAUGUCUACAUUUGCAAAAUGCUUCUCUCUUUCUGUGUGUUCAAAGCUGGCUGUGAAGGUUUUGAAUGCCAGGUUUUCGUGUGCCUUACUACUGCAUCCUUGCAAGAAUUAAAUAAAAGCUCUCAGUAACCAUUUCUCUGGUCUCUUUUCUAGAAGACCUCAGCAAUAAUAACAUGAGAGUAAAAGGAAUGUAGUAAAACAUUUUUUCAAUUAAAUCAAAUCUAAACAUACCCUUACAAAAACCUAAAUAUUCCCCAUGGGGAAGCGAAGACUUCUAAUUAAUAUGGUUUUCUUGGGGCUUGUUCCUCAACUGCAAGCAUCAACUGCUGAUAUGUAUAAUAGCUAUUGUAAUAAAAAUAAAGGGUAUAAAGAAUAAACAUAUAUUUAUCAUAUAUAUA